GUGCAGCCUCCAAGUAAACUCACUUUGCUCUUGUGUGCAGACUCACAGCCAAUCAGGAGCAGUUUAAUUUCCUCUGCUAGUUUAGAGUGUUUUCAUUAUAGGUAUCACUUUACUUCUCUAUGUAACCCUGCACUGAUCUUAUCUAACAACAAACAUCCUGUCCGGUGGAGGUGAAUGUGGUUCUCUCAGCUCCACCUCGGACCUGGAAACCUUGCGUUCCCGCUCAGGUAGUCUACCUGCAGGGCUGUGGAUGUCAGAGAGCUGCUGUAAUGCACUCUGGUGAUUCACGCUGACUCUGUCUCCGCAGGGCCUCUCACAGCUCGGCUCUAAUUCAUUUCACCAUCCACUUCACAAUCAGUAACAGCUCCGAGAGGUGCACAGCGGCCUGUAAUCAUUAACUUUUACUGCUGCCAAUGAUUCUAUUUAAUUCUCAGUGCAUACUGUUGAAUAGGUCAUUGGUGAUAAUUAUACAAGCCUUCCACAUAGGUGCCUGUGCCAUAAAUGAAAUGAGUUUUUUUUUUUCUGUUGCAGCCUCCUCACACACACUCACAGUUUUAGACGUUAGAGAGUGUGGCAAGGAGCAAAUUAGCCAUUUAAUUUGUUAUGCAAACACAGACUCCAAAUCAGUCUAUCUCAGGCUGUAGCAGCCACAUAAGGCUUUUUUUUUUUAUUUUUUACAGCAGACAUAUCUGGGCUUUUCAUCAGCCUGGCAGCACUUCAUCAGAACACUCUAGGUCUGUGUUUGCUUUAGUGACAAACCCUUUCAGAUCCAUUUAUCCUCUUAUACCACCAUGGCAACUUCACAAAGUUUUCUUUUCAUCCAGCGACAGCAAAACAGUCCAUCUCAAACCCAUCUCCGUCUUCAGAUAUUUUUCCAUACAGAGCAUUGUCAGAGGACAUAUUUCCUAGCGCACUGUUUUCCUCCCCUGCUGUUUUUGACCACAUUACAAAAGCAAAAAGUGAGUGAUUGGCUCAGCGCAAGAGGUUUGCACACAUCAGCCAUUCUGCCGUUCUGGUUGAGAAGCAUUUCUUAGAGAGGUAUUGAUUCAGCCACACCUCCCCUGUAUACAUUAGGGUCGACUCUGUGGGGAGGCAGCGCACUCAAUGGGAGAUGGAGUAACCUGACUGGGUCUGACACACUGCAGUCUCUCAUGCUUUGGCGAGAUAACAGCCCAUUCUCUUUGGCUCUCCAAGUUUUAUUUGCCUGGCUCGGAGCCCAAGAUACCAUGGUUAAUUUCAUGGCCAGCGCCUUUUACCGUCUCCUCCAGAUUUUGGCCUUCCGCUCAGGGAGAUGGUGAAUGCCUGGUUCGCUGAGCGCGUCCACACCAUCCAGCCAUCUGCUUCCAAAGAAAAUCCUGCACAGCAGCGGUCACACCAGUCCUCCACAGACACCGGGCCCCCUUCUGCCCCCUCCUCCUCCACCAUCCUCCCAGCCAACCUCAGCCUCUUGGACAACCGCAGCCCUUCCCCGGCCACGGUCUCCAGCCCGGCCCCCGGCACCCCAACUCGCAAAAUCUCAGCGUCAGAGUUCGACCGACCACUCAGACCCAUUGUGGUCAAAGACUCUGAGGGCUCUCUUACUUUUCUGAGCGACUCCGACCGUGAAACUGUCCCUCUGCGGGGCUCUGUGAUGGGUGAGGGUGUUAGCGGGGGAGGUGGGAAUGGAGGUAGUGGCAGCGACCGCUGCGCCAGGCUGCUGGAGCUGGUGAAGGAAGUGUCGAGUCAUCUGGAUGUGACAGCACUCUGCCACAAGAUCUUCCUCCACAUCAAUGAGUUGAUUGCCGCAGACCGCUACUCGCUGUUCCUGGUGGGCGAGGACAGCUCAAAUAGGAAGUUCUUGGUCAGCCGCCUGUUCGACGUGGCCGAGGGAUCCACACUAGAAGAAUCCUCCAGUAACUGCAUCCGGCUGGAGUGGAACAAGGGCAUCGUGGGACAUGUAGCCGCCACAGGACAGCCGCUCAAUAUCAAGAAUGCUUAUGAGGACCCCAGAUUCAACGCUGAGGUCGACCUGAUCACCGGUUACAAGACCCAGAGUAUCCUUUGUCUGCCCAUAAAGAACCACAGAGACGAAGUAGUUGGAGUGGCUCAGGCUAUCAAUAAGAAAUGUGGGGAGAACGGUGCCUUCACUGAACAGGAUGAAAAGGACUUCUCAGCCUACUUGGCCUUUUCAGGCAUCGUCCUGCACAACGCCCAGCUCUAUGAGACGUCGCAGUUGGAGAACAGACGCAAUCAGGUGCUGUUGGACCUGGCCAGUCUGAUCUUUGAGGAGCAGCAGUGUCUGGAGGUUUUACUGAGAAAGAUCGCAGGAACCAUCUUGUCCUUCAUGCAGGCCCAGGCUUGUACUGUCUUCAUCGCCGACGAAGACUCCAUGAACUCCUUCUCGAGUGUCUUUCACAUGGAAUACGAGGAGCUGGAUGAAGUCCUAGACGCCCCCAAAAGGGACUGUGAUGUCAGUCAGAUUAACUACAUGUACGCUCAGUACGUUAAAAACACCAUGCAGCCUCUCAACAUCGCUGACGUCACCAAGGACCAACGCUUCCCCUGGACGAGUGAAAACCCAGAUCACACCAGCAACCAGAUAAAGAGUUUGCUCUGCACCCCCAUCAGGAAUGGCAAGAAAGACAAAGUCAUUGGUGUUUGUCAGUUGGUGAACAAGAUGGAUGAAGCGUCGGGCAGCGUGAAGGCCUUCAACAGGAACGAUGAACAGUUCCUGGAGGCAUUUGCCAUCUUCUGUGGUCUCGGUAUCCAGAACACACAGAUGUACGAAACAGUGGAGAGAGCAAUGGCCAAGCAGGAGGUCACUCUGGAGGUCCUGUCAUAUCACGCCUCCGCCGCAGAGGAAGAAUCGCGGGAACUCCAGGUAACAGCGGUAGCCACAAUUCCGUCAGCCCAGUCCUUGUGUCUUAUGGACUUCAGCUUCAGUGACUUCGACUUGUCGGACACUGAAACCACACUGGCUACCGUCCGCAUGUUUGUCGACCUCAACCUGGUCCAGAACUUCCAGAUGAAGCACACGAGUUUAUGCCAGUGGAUUCUGAGUGUGAAGAAGAACUACAGGAAGAAUGUAGCCUAUCACAACUGGAGACACGCCUUCAACACCUCCCAGUGCAUGUUCGCCCUCCUCAAGUCAGGACGCUUACAGAAUAAUCUGAGCGAUCUAGAGGUCUUGGCUCUGAUGAUUGCAACUCUCAGCCAUGACCUGGACCACAGAGGAGUCAACAACUCCUACAUACAGAGGAGUGACCACCCACUGGCCCAGCUCUACUGCCACUCCACGAUGGAGCAUCACCACUUUGACCAGUGCCUCAUGAUCCUCACCAGCCCUGGAAACCAGAUCCUGAGCGGUCUCUCCCUGGACGAGUACAAGGCCACUCUGAAAAUGAUCGAGAGGGCUAUUCUGGCCACUGACCUAGCCCUGUACAUGAAGAGGCGCGGGGAGUUCUUUGAGCUCACCAAGAACAGCCAGUUUGUCUGGGAGGAUGAACAUCACCGAGACUUACUGAGGUCAAUGCUGAUGACUGCAUGCGACAUCUCGGCCAUCACCAAGCCCUGGCCGGUGCAAAAAAGGAUUGCAGAGCUGGUGGCCACUGAGUUCUUCGAACAAGGGGAUAAAGAAAGAGAAGAGCUGAACAUUGAGCCCAGUGACCUGAUGAAUCGUGAGAAGAGAGAUAAGAUUCCCAGCAUGCAGGUGUCCUUCAUUGAUGCCAUCUGCACUCAGUUAUAUGAGACCUUGGCUGGCAUGUCGGAGUAUUGCUCCCCGUUACUGGAAGGAUGUCAGAAAAACCGGCAGCAUUGGAAGUGUUUGGCCGAGGAGUGUGAGAAAGGCCCAGUCAAUGGCUUAGUGUGAUCCCAAUGCCAGUUUGGCUUUCAACCAACACACAUUUCCAGGGCUCUCCCUGUCCUGCCCAGUCUCACAAAGUUUCAUGAAAUUAGCAUGAUAUAUAAAA